AUGCCUUCCAUCCUCGGUCUCACCACCGACCCCUCCCCUCAUGGCCCCGGCGCCGAGGAACGCCAGAAGAAGAAGAAGCCUCAGUUCCAGGGCGGCGAAGAAGAUGUCGACAACAAGCAACUAGCUCGUCGCGAAAAGCCCAACGGCGAACGCAAAGCCUCAUCGUCGCAGUCUCCCCCGGCCCCCGAAGAGAAGAAGAAGAAGAAGAAGACAAAGAAGGAAAAGAAGGAGAAGGCCGGCAAGCAGAUGCGCCACUACUCAACCGACGAGGAAGAGGACUCGGAGGAGGAGGGACCCCUCAACACCAUUAAGCUGCGCAACCACGCGAAGGCCAUCGAAAUGGAGACACUCCUUUGGGGUGCCCUCUGUCACAAGCCCAAGAGCGCCCUCAAGUACAUCGGCAAGGGCGCCAUCAUGUGCAACCCCAUCAUCUUUGGCGACACCGAGGUCUACUCGGAGCGCUCCGAGCCCACCCUCAAGGAGAUGCUCAAAGAGCACGCCGACCCACCCCUGAGCUUCAAGAUGCACAAGCCCCAUGUCUGCGAGGUUGGCCUGAUGGCCAUGUCUAUCUGCUGCGACGUUACCUUCUUCCGCAUGGGUGAGGACAACACGCUUGAAGCCGAGGAGUGUAGGAUCUCUUCCAGUUGGAGACAGUGUGCGAGCGGAGAUUGGGAGAUGGGCAGCUGCAUGGCGGGAUGGCAGGAUUAG